UUCGUUAUCGAUUGGCUCUCGAAUCGUAUAAAAGCACGUUGCCAUGAACAGAAGGCUAAGUUUCUUCCCAGCCAUGAAAUUGUUCCUGCUAACUCUCUCCGUGGCAUUGGCCUUGGUCGCCGGUUCCCCAACCGGUCUGAACCGCACCCAGCUGCUCCCCAGGGUGACCAUUUCCGAGGGUCCAGAAGGACGCAUCGUCAACGGCUACCCAGCUCCCGAGGGCAAGGCCCCCUACAUUGUGGGUCUGCUGAUCCGUACCGAUGGUAGCAACGGUGCCGCCGUCGGAGCUGGAACCAUUAUUGCCAGCGACUGGAUCCUGACCGCCGCCCAUUGCCUGACCACCGACUACGUGGAAAUCCAUUACGGAUCCAACAAUGCCUGGAACGGCGCCUUCAGACAAUCCGUGCGCCGUGACAACUUCAUCAGCCAUCCCGACUGGCCCGCCCAGGGCGGUCGUGACAUUGGUCUGAUCCGCACACCCUCUGUGGGAUUCAACGACUUGAUCAAUAAGGUUGCUCUGCCCAGCUUAAACGAAGAGAGCAACCGCUUCGUGGACACGUGGUGUGUGGCCUGCGGAUGGGGUGGUAUGGACAAUGGCAACCUGGCCGAUUGGCUGCAGUGCAUGGACGUUCAGAUCAUCAGCAACAGCGAGUGUGAGCAGUCCUACGGCAGCGUGGCCGCCACCGAUAUGUGCACCCGUCAGACCGAUGGCAAAUCCGGAUGCGGAGGCGACUCCGGUGGUCCGCUGGUUACCCAUGACAAUGCCCGCCUAGUGGGCGUAAUCGCCUUCGGAUCUGGUGACUGCCACAGCGGUCCAUCUGGCUACACCCGUGUCUCAGACUACCUGGGCUGGAUCCGCGACCACACCGGCAUCUCCUACUAAACUCUUAAGGAUUCUUUUGAAUAUCUUAAUAAAUUGUUUAAAAAAUCUAAUAAUGAUUUCACCUUUAAAAAGCCUGCUACUGACUAUAUGAGUAUUGUAAUGCCAAUAACUGGUUUUAACCAAUCGUAGUAAAAAAUAAUAUUUCAAGAAAGUGUCCUGUAAGGUACAUUAAUUCUUGAUUAGUAUCAACAGCCAAAUCGCCUUGAACCUAUAUUUCAACUUUAAGCCAUCGACGAUUAUCAUAACUAUGAUAAGGAUUUAAUUAUGAAAAUGUAAACUCUUGUCCUAGUACACCGUGUCUAAAUAAAUGUAUAUGUUCUUAUCUCAA